AUGCCUGGGCACACCCAGUCCUCUAACGCGCGCGUGCGCUUCAGGUCGUACGUCGCAGCCUCGUAUUUCCCCGCCGUGGUCGCCCACCCCGCCCCAUCCUUUGCAUCCACUUUGACGCGGGUACCGGCCCCUCAUCGCCGGGUAACACAUGCGCCUGCACCGACGGCCAUGCCUGUCCCUGACGUACCAACAGGGCCGCUCAGCGCCGCCCCAGAGGAGUUCCCGUCUACUGCCGCCCCCAUCACACAACCUGCCCCCACCACUCCCGUCGCCCCCGCUCCCGAUGCGAACCCCACCACUGACACCAUUUCGAUGGCGCGCGUCAUAUCGACCGAUGCCCAACGAUCGACGUAA